AUGUCUGCUCGCGCUGCGGUGCCCGCCGCUCACUCUCGGGAGGAGCCAUCCGCGGUGGCUGCUGAGAAGGAGUCGCUGUUGGUAACGGCGAGUCGGCAGGCCGAGCAGCUGUCCCCGCCCGAACCGGAGGGCAAGUUGGCGGCGAGUGAAGAGAGGGCCGCGACAGCCAUCAUCGCGGGUGCGCGGGGAGAGCCGUCGCCGGCGCUGGUGCUGGGGCACAGUGUGCCCCAGGCGGCCGUGCCCGUGAGACCCCUGGCGCUGCACCUGGCGCACAAGGCGCGCAGGCCCGGGGGCCCCUUCGGCGGGGAACCCCCGCCACCCCUGCCGAGGGACCCGCCGGCCGAGGACGCCCUGGAGGAUGAGGCGGCGACCGGCCCUAAGGAAAAGCUGCAGCCGCCGCCGCCACCUAAGGAGAACCCCUGGACCAAAAAGCCUCCUCAGCACCUGCCCCCUGUCGGGACGGGACCGGCGCCGUCCCCACUGGAAACCCUGGAGGCAGCUGCAAAGAUCUAUUUGUUUACUACUAUUGCUAACUGA